GUCAGUAGCCGCCCUGCCACAGGAACAUCUGACGCAGUCCACGGAUCCUCCUCCGCGUCUCAGCUCUGCGUGUGUCUGCACAGAACGGGGCCAUGGAGAUUCCUGCCAAGGAGGGCAUGCUGCACCUGCAGGGCGUCAAGUUUGGGAAGAAGUCAUGGCGGCGGAUCUGGGCGAUGCUGUUCGCGCCCAGCUCGUACGGUAUCGGCAGAGUGGAGCUGUAUAACAUGCGGGACGGGGGGGCUGGCGGUGCGGUCCCAGCCCCAGCCAGACAGGGGAAGGGCGCGGACAAGCGCGUGAUUCGGCUGGAUGACUGCCUCAGUGUUUGCACCGUCGCUGAGGAGGACUGCCCUCGCGACUGUUCUGCCUUCUAUCUGAGCACCGCCCAGCGCACCUACGCCCUGGCUGCCCCGCCCACCGAUGACUGGGUGUCCAUAAUCUCCCAGCUGGCCUUCCAGAGGAACAACAGAAAGCUAUCCUUAAACAGCACAGGGAGUGAAGCGGUGCAAAUGUUGGAGAAUGAACUGUACUCUUCCUGGAGCUCAGGUGUGUACCAGGUGAUUGUGCAGAGAACAGAGGCAGCGGUAAGGUGUAACCUCGCUGGGUCCUACCUGCUAUCGCCCAGCACAGAGGCGCUCACCCUGCAGGACCCAAAGACGGCCUCCCCGCUCUACUGCUGGCCCUAUCGGCUGCUCCGACGCUUCGGCAAUGACAAGGACAAGGUGAGUAUUGAGGCGGGCCGUCGCUGUGACUCUGGGGAGGGUCAUUUCACCUUCCAGUCCCAGCACGCAGCAAAGAUCUACAAGGCUAUCGAAGAGGGCAUCAGGCAGCAGAGCGUCACAGAUCCAAAAAGCAGUGCCAGGACUGUCCCAGCAUGCAUCUCUGCUUCCCGCAGCAAAGCGCCCUUUGACGACAGAGAUGCAGCUUCCUCCUCAGUGUAUCACGAUAUAAACCAGUGGAUGGAGGGGGCGAGCAGGUACGAGGUGGAAGAAGAUGGCAUGUGUCAGGAAGUGGGAGAAAAGCUGGACAGCCCCUCCCCUGAAAGCCUCUACAGUCUGCUGAGCUUUAACCAGGGGAUGGGGCGGCCCACUGUGGGGAGACCCAGCCCCCAAAGCCCCACAUCCUCUGUUGUCAGCAGCGCCGAAGUCCCCAAUGACUUCAGGCAGAAGCUCUCCAAACUCCUCUCCAAAGACGCAGCCAAAGCACAGCCCCUCGUGAACCCACACCAGGAGUACUGACAGGUUUGAAAGAAGCAGCUAUUUUCACCAAUAUUCAGAACAAAGUCCUUCUUUUGUAUGACAAAGUUCUUUUUUUGUAUGCAUCUACUUCAGUUAGCAACAUUUUAUACUUGAAUAUAUUUUUGACAAACUUCCUCUCUUUGUACGCUGGUAAAAUGACCUUCAGCUCCCCGAAAGCUGUGUAAUACUGGGGGGAAAUAGCAUUGCAUCAUAAAAUCGUAAGGAAAAUCCAGGAAAUCUACUCGUUUUUAAAGGCUUAUUUCAGAUGAAGUAUUUUACACUGGUCUGGUAGUGACCUAUCCUAGGUGAUCUUUUGUGAUGGAAGCCAAAGACUAGACAGCCGAAAAAGCGUCAGAGCUUUGAAACACGCUAGAAUGCUAGAGGAAGAACCCUAUAUUUAUUAUACCCGCUGUGGGUCCCUUACCACUGUCAAGCUGUCCCACCCAAGAUAAGCCAGAUAUCACACUGGAUUUCCUCUAUACUUUCAUGUGUAGGACUGAAUGCGCUCGUUUGUAUCUGAUUGGUGUAUUUAUCUUUGGCUUUGACAUUUGUGUGGACGUGUGCUUCUACGCAGAAAAACUAAUAUUGAAAAAAAAGAUCUAUAAAAAAGAGAAGUAUUUUUA